GGCGGGACUGAGGCAGAGGAGGGAGGAGGAAGCGCGACUAGAGGCAGAACAGAGAGCAGAGCCAGAGGAAGACAGAUCAUUCUACAGGGACACGAGCGAGGGGCCGCUGAAUGAAUAACAAGGACGGGACUACACAGCACGGGACUAAAAUAAGAGAGGACGCCGGCUGAAGACUCCCCCCUCGCUCUACCCUUCCUGUCACAACUCUCUCUCCUUAGUGGACGAUGGCAUGAGCACUUUGCCACCCAUCCCCAUCCUGUGGACUCUUCUCCCUCCUCUCUGUCACACCUCCUGCCUCCUCACCCUUUUAUCUCCGCCGCUCGCUCUGAUCCGACCCGCUCUGCCCGGCCCGGAGUGUGAGGAGGGGGAGGAGGAGGAGGAGAGGGAGGCAGACGGGGGCUGACCCGUCCCCUCCUCCUUUGCACCCGCGGGGCCCGCAGAGCCGGAGCCCGGAGCCGUCUGAUGCCUGACACCCACAGCGAGCUCCUUAACCUGGCCUGCCACAGCCCCAGCCCCCCACCACCGCCCCCUCCCCGCCUCCAGUAGUACGGGAGAAGUGAUCGAGGACCAUGUUUGGAUUAAAGCCCCCGCACUUCUACCUCGCAGGUAUGAACCAUGAGUCCAAUAAGUCCCCGUCAUCAGGAAUGAUCUCCACGGCAACCCGCACCACGGCUACCGUCAGUCCCCUCAGCCCGCUGACCAAUGGGAAUGCAGUUGCUCAGUCUACAAACUCCGGAUUCGCUGCUGCCCUGCGCAAACUGGCCAAACAGGCCGAGGAUCCCAGAGGUUCUGCCCUCAGUGGUGAGUCGUCUCCAGUCUCCUCGCCGCCCACCAGCCACAGCUCCCCGGUCACCACCCCCAAGCGGGGCUCCUUAGGGCCCCUCCCGGGCCCGACCCGAGGCCACGGUGUGCCCAGCACCCCGCCGGUCGUCACCAUUGCCCCCACCAAGACCAGCAACGGCCUGUGGAGGUCCGACGGGCGACAGGUGGAGCCAGGUGUUCAGGGACUCAGGGAGCGGUCCGGUGCUGAGAACACGCAGCCACAGCUGGAUAAGAGGACGCCGCCGGUCCCCUCGCCUCGCACGCUGACUCACCCGUUUGGCCUCACUUCCACCUCCGUCAUGCAAGACCCUAGAAUACAGAGCCUUAAUUUACCGGGGCAGAUGCACCCGGUGGUUCCCUCAGGUGCCAUCCCAGAGGAGUACCUGAGAGCCCUCCGGCCCUUUGCCACAGCCGACGACCUCCGUUUGACCUCUCUGCCGCUAAGUCUGGAUCCCACUGCUGCUCACGCUGCUGCCACUGCUGCUUACUAUCAUCCUGCCUACCUGCACUACCCACUGUCCUUACAAAGGAUGGAGGAGUCGCUAUGUCUUUCUGCACUGCGGUCGCAGUUUUACUCGGUGCCUGCAGGGGGCGCCUUCCCUCCGCUCCACCCUUCUGCCCUCCACUUGCACCUGCCCGGAGGCCGCUACCCUGGAGAGCUGAACCACACAGCGCUGGCUGAGAGGCUACAGAUGGAGAACGAGCUCCGCCAGCGCGAGCGAGAGCAGGAGCGUGAACGAGAGAAAGAAAGGGAGCGCGAGGCCAGGCUGGAGCGAGAGCGGGAGAGGGAGGAGGAGAGGGAGAGGGAGCUGGACAGACAGAAGGAGAGACAGAGGGAGAGACAGCAGCAGAUGGUGAGAGCGGUGGAGAGCCACUACCUGGCUGAGCUGCAGGCUCGCAGGGCUCCACCGGAGGACAGGGCCAGGCCAGGGGAGAGGCUGACCCCAAACAGGCUGGAUAAAGCCAAGGAUUCAGAGCUUCCUGGUUUCCAAGCACCUAAACCUCUGCCCUUGCAGCCUGGUCUUCACUCCUUCAGGGGCUCUGUCCCGCACCCGGUGCCAAGCCUGGUGCCGUCUCACCUGGGGAAGCACCAUGCCUCUGCUGGGGGCAUUCACGGAGCUCUGGCCGCCACCGUCAUGCCUCAGAGGAGCAGCGAAGAGGCUUGGUUGGCGCGACAGCGUGGCCAAGGGCAGGGGAGAGAGAGUCCGCUGGAGCUGGGCCUCAGGUCGCCUGGGAAAGGCGGGGAGUCGAGGAGAGAUAGUCACAGAACCAAUCCAGUCCAUCACACCUCCAGCAGCAAAGAUGUACACCACUCAUUCGGCGCUCCACCCCCCCUUAUCUCCCCAAAAGGUCCCCAUCAUCCCCCGGCCCCCCCAACUACACUGUGGAACCCUGUUUCCCUUGUUGACCCACCUGGAGAUUCUCAUCGUAAAUUUAAUCCUUCUACGCCGCCGAGUCGGCCGCCUCCCGGGCUGACCCGCGCCGACAGACCUCCGCAGAGCUGGGGGGAGAAGCUGGAGGAGGGCAGCCGGAGGAGGGCAGAGGGCUCGGAGCGGUACGCUCCGGCGAGGGCGGCCGGCUUAGCGGAGCCCUGGAGCAGGCCCGAGCUGGAGCGGGCCGCCCCCCACAGCCUUCACCACAGGCAUCAUGUCAACAGUUUUGCCCAGAAGCCCUGCGCGCCCCUGUCCGUUCCCGGCACCGCCGCUGAUCCGGGGGCCCGGCGCCAAGCGUCGCCUCCGCCCCCAGCGAGGGAGCGGCCCAGUCAGGCCGCUGACAGUAUGCUGGUGUACGACGAGGUCCUCCAGCAGCACCGCCGGCUGCUCAGCAAGCUCGACCUGGAGGAGAAGAGGAAGAGGGAGGCCAGAGAGGGAGGUUAUUAUUAUGACCUGGACGAGUCGUAUGAUGAGAGUGACGAGGAGGAGGUCAAAGCCCAUUUGAGGAGAGUGAGCGAACAGCCCCCGCUCAAACUGGACACGUCCUCCGAGAAAGUCGAUUUCCUGCGACUGUGCGGCCUGACCACGGCGGCGCACCGCGACGAGCUCCUGGUGCAGAAGAGGAGGAAGAGGAGGAGGAUGAUGCGAGAGCGCAGCCCGUCGCCCGCUGCCACGCGGGGCAAAAGAAAGGCGCCCUCGCCGACACCUACAGCUCCCCUAAGUACCCCGUACUCGGCCGAGCAGAUGGACAGCGCCCCCGAGCUGGAGGAGAAAAAAGGCUUCCUCCAUAUGUUCCACCUCUCCCAUGUCAGCCCACAGCAGAGAAGAAAUAAGCGGAGGACAGAGGAGCUGCUGAAGGCCAUCCAGAGGAAGACUGUGACGCUAGACACGCUGAGAUACAAUGCUUUACCUCCAUGUAAAAGCCCUCCUGCUCCCUCAGCUGGCGACUCGUCCUCGGGGCCUCUGCUGUGUCAGUCAAACGGCCACCUGUACCCAGACUCCCCCAGCCCCUCGCCUCCUUACUUACACAAACCCAAGCACCCCCCCAGCGACACAUUCAAACCCUACGUGGACGCCCCGUUGCCCCGCGUGCCUCCCCCCUUGGCCCCGCAUCCCGAAAAAGCUGACCUCAUGGAGGUUCAGCCCAACCGCAAGCUCCAGAAUGGCGUCGUGGCAGCUCCUCCUCAGGAAAAGGAUCCCGGCCCGGUUCAGAACGGGCGGAAUCGGCCCUGGGAGAGGUUCACGCCCGAGGCCUUUGCUCAGCACUUCCACCAGGCAGUGCUGCAGUCCACACACGGCACCCUGCAGAGCAGAGGGGUCUCAGGUGUCCCUGAGCCUGGCAUGAAGACCGGCCACUCGCUGCCUCACAACCUCUCUCAGCCCAAAAGCUCAAACCUCAGCCACGCUCCUCAAGGCGCGUACGUAAACGGCCACCGCCUGAGUUCUUCUGGUGCCGGUCAGGACCCGGCGGCGGCGCCGCUGCAGGAAGGUGUGUCCGAGGAGGACGAGGACGCGUCCUGUCAGGAGGAGGAGGAUGACGAGGAGACAGAGGAAGCUCCCAGGAAGUGGAGGGGGAUCGAAGCCGUGUUUGAGGCUUACCACGAGUAUGUGGACGAGUGGAGUGUAGAGAGGCAGGUUCUUCACACUCAGUGUAAAAGACUUGAAGCACAGAACUAUAAUCUAACCAGAACUGCAGAGCAGCUCUCUCUCACCAUGGGGGAGCUGGUGAGUCAGCGGCAGAAAGUGAGGGAGGAGAGGGAGCGGCUGCAGGCCCAGCUCGAGCACUUCAGGAGGUGUCUGACACUACCCACCAUUCACUGGGGCCGGGGGCCGGUCAACGGGCACACGCUCAGGUGACGCCCCACGCAGGCGUCCGGAUGGGUCUGGCCCGAACACAGCAGAGCAACAGUCACAAGGACAAGAUGAACUGGGGCCGCACCGCUCUUUGCACUUGAAGCCCUUGAAGGAGCCAAUCCAAUUGAUCCAAUCGAUUACCUGCCAUGUUUGCCACGGUAACGGUUACCCAUAGCAACCAUACAGCCCCUCUCUCGUUCUGACAAUACAGCACUGUGUUUAUGAAUUGGCAUCUUUAUAAUGCUAACCCCUCCCACUGGUCCUGACUUUGCUCUAAGGACUCGCUACCAUUUAGUUUCUAUCAACUGGAUUUCUGCACAGACUUCAUCGAUCCAUGCUGAUGCGAUGCAUCACUCGGCACAAACCUGUAGCCUCUCUGGACAGCACUGACAAGAGACAGAGUAUGCAGUGGUCACUUGGUUAAAACUCAGAGAAUGAAAAUUGAGUCAAGGAAUCAAAGCACACCUCAGGCCUUAAACUCGAUAGGAUGCACUUGAAAUGUAACAAUGAAAUAGAUGCCUGUCCUGCGUGUGGUAAUAUUGUAGUGUCUACUGAGUAUUUUAUGUGACAGACGGAGCCGUUUGUGUGCUGGUAAAGGUUCUACAGAGGACAGGAAACAUCUCAAAGAUAAUAUCUCAAAAAUGGUAAAUGAAGUGUUUUUUGCGGUUUAAUUAAUUUUCCAUUGGUAAUGUUACUUGUGAUAAAGAAUUUUCUAUGAUUUAGUUGUUUUAACCUUUAUUUUUGGGAAGCCAUAUGUUUUCUCUGAAAUGCUGCUGGUCAGAUUAAAUAACACAAAGGGAUGUUAGGAUAGUUGUACUUGGAAUAAAUGUUUGGGUUUGGAUUGAGAUCAAAAUGGGAUGGAGGACAAACGUCUGUGUUUGUCUGAGAACUUGUUUUGUUGUAGGACCUUUGUUUAAACGGUUUAUCCCAGAGUCCGCGUGUUAAGCUCUUACAUGCCUGUAAAUGUUGACAAAAUUUGAGGCGAAUAAAAAAUGUGACUUUUGAAGGCUUUUUGCAAAAUUCUGUUUGUUAGAAGAUUGGCAUCAACUAAAGCUUGUUGUUCAACCUUACACUUACAAAGGUGAAACAUUUAAUUGCGUCUGCGGAAGAAAAAUGAAAGCCAAACUAAUAUUAACUUUAUUUCAUAAUUAUCAAGAUGAAUUAGGGUAUAUUUAAUACUUUUACAGUAUAUCUAACAAAUCUGUCCUUGUUUGUGGGCAAGAUAAUCACACACUUCAUACUCUGAAUAUCAAACUAUACAUUAUGUAGUGUUGAUACAAUUUUUUUGACCGAUGCCAUUUAAACAGUGUCGUAAACUGAUCAUUUUCUUUAAUGAACUGAAAUCCCAGACGUCCAAACUACAGUAGCAGUUCUACCAAAAUCACAUGACCUCCCUGUAUCAUCUGUUCAUUCUCCUUAGUUCUUCUUUUGUCAUGUCAUGUAUUAUUGGACUGUAUAUUUGCAAUUAAUUAUUAAUAUAUAUUGCUGUACAUUCUGAUGGAGAUUUAGAUUAAAAUAUUUGUAAAAUG